AUGACGUUGCCCCUAUUAUUUUAUGUACUCCUGUCCACAAUUAUUACUUAUCCAACAUCACAAACAGAAGCUCCAACUGUUCGAUGGGGACAGAAUUCAAAUAAGUUGACAUUAAUUGUUUUAAUUCCAUCAGUUCUGGAGGAAGUAGUGAAAUUUACGGAAAACAACAUAUAUCUUUCAGCCACAAACAAGAAAGGGGAGAACUUUAAACUGAACUUACAUUUAUUAAGGCCAAUAAUUCCAGAGGAAUCAACUUACUCUUCUUUAGAGAGAGGCUUAAAAUUGAAAAUUCGCAAAAAGACCAAAGAACCAUGCUGGAAACGCUUAACAAAAGAAAAUAGAAAAGAAAAUUUUUUGAUUAAGGACAAAAAUCUUAGUGACCCAAAUGACUGCGAAGAAGCAAAGGAUGCUUGGCUAGGGGAUUAUAUGUUUUACAAAAGAAAAAACAAACCCAAAAAAACAGAUGAUCCAACUAAAAAAAAGGAUGUACUGCAGAACAUAAUUGAAAGUUUGAAAGACGCCCACCCAAAUUUUUCCUUGCAUGAAUAUUAA